ACUGGACCAUGGAUCACCAACACUGGCUUAAGAUUAGAAAUUCCUGAUAUCACUAUCAUGGCACUAGCCCUUCAGUUAUUUUAUGUAUUGGGAUAUCAGACUUUGAACUUGGGCAAAGAAAUCAGACUUUGAGCUAUUAAGCACCCUCUUUUACAGUUAGACUCUGAACUUAAGAGUAGCCCUCAAAACCAGAUUUCUUCUAGCCUUAUGAAGUGACAGUGUUUGUCAAUAUGAGCUUCCAGAGGAAAUUAUAUAGUGUGUUUUUAUUAUAAUUAAAUACUUUAAAUUUCUUUAGCUCUGCGGUUAUCAAGAGUACCGGUGUUUAUACAUGAAAACAUGUUUUGUGUUGAUAAAUUAUGAAUUGGACGUUUCUCUAAUUACUUUUUUUUUUAUUAUGCAGGUUUUCUAUCAGGCCGUGUAGCCCUCAUAACUGGAUCAACUAGUGGAAUAGGUGAGGGUGUUGCACGUUGCUUAGCCAGCAGAGGGGCCAACAUUGUUUUCAAUGGCUUUGGUGAUGAAGAACAGAUCAAUAAACUAGUGGCUUCUGUUAAAAAGUAAUUAUCUUAGUCAUAAUUACAUUUGUAGCAGAUAUUUCAAAUUUUGUUUAGUCUUAUAAUCAUAAGGACAUAUAUAUAUAUGUAUUAUUCAAAUGGAUAUUAAUGUUUUCUGUCAUAUUAAAAAGUUUGUAUAAAGUAUCAAGUUGCCAGCAGUUAAGGGUUAGUUGGAAUAAACUUGUCAGCUAAGCAAGACAACCAGUUUAAGAAGAAGAAACAAACAAGACAGCAACAAACUUAGUUUGGGAUUAAAAUCUGUUGUUUAUGCUUCCCUGAAAAGGGAUUGGAUACAACAGGAGCCCACCGAAAAGGAAAGCACAGGACCAAGAUGUAGAUGGCCUGUGCUCAAGGCUCGGUGAAAGAUCAAUGAAAAAAGUGAAUAAAAUGUUUUGAAUUAAAAGAAAAAAAGAGCCCUAAAGUCUAAGUUUUUGUUGUUGUUUUUUUGCAGAGACUAUAAUGUUGAUGCUACAUUUAUUGGGGGCGAUUUAUCCAAAGAAGAAGAUGUAAAAGCAUUGCAUAAUCAUGCUUUGUCUAAAUUUCCUGGAGGGAUUGACAUUUUGGUCAACAAUGCUGGUAAGAAUUUCUUAGCAAGAUACUGAAGAUUUUAUUAUUCUUGUAGUAAGUUGUAGCAAAUGCUAACUACUAAACAUUAAGUUACAGAUGCAUAAAAUGCACUAACAUUUUUUCCAAUGAUAGUUGGAUACCAUUUAUAAUUAAAAAGAUAAAUUAUUGAAGUGUUAUAUUUCAAAACAAACUAAUAACUUAAGCUUACCGGUACUUCAUGUUUGCAAAUUGGCUCAUUAAUUUUGAAGUGUUGUAGAAUAAUUAAAAUCGUUUUUUGGAGUGGGGGAAAAUGUGCUCAGUUAUUAUUUUGUGUAAAUUCAUAUUUUAGUGGUUAAUUAUUAGUUGAAAUAAAUAUUCAUAAAUCAUAUUUUAGCGUAUUUUACAAGACAAAACCAAUCUUUGUAUUUUCAGUUUUAGAGAAUUAGUUUUUCAAAACCAAUUUUCAUAUUUUAGUCUGUUUAGAAUCCAAAUCAAAUAAUCACACUAAGGAUAAUUAUAAGGCUAAACCAGUAUUUGUAUUUAGAAUAUUUAUUAUAGUGUUGUAUAUUGUUCAGCAAUGCGAGUAGGUUCCUAAAAUCUUUUGAUUCCCAGAGUCCUUGUAAAAUUUAUGUUCUCACCAGGCACCCUAUGUCAAGUCGAGUUCCAACAAAUACACUUAGAAAUAGCAUAUUUUUUUAAAUUACAGGGUUGGGUAAAAGUAAAAAAAAACAUAUACUUAUAUAGUGCAUUUAGGACCAACUGCAGACAGUAAUUACUCUAGUGAGUUACUGUUCUGCAUCAGAUCAACUAAAGGUCACAUAAGAUUGAAAGUGGAUAUAAAAUUAUGGAAAUUGUGUAAUAAUUCUUGGCACCCCAAUGAGGAAGCUGUGACUCCCCAGGGCAACAUGGCACACAUUUAGGGAACCACUGAGCAACGCAAAACAACAGAAAACCCAUGGCAUAUUUUUUUUAAUGUGAUGUUAUAAUUGUCUAUAAAUAAAUUAAUUUUGUUGGUUUUCUUGGUGUGUUUCAAAAGCUACUAACUUGUACAUAUGCAGAUGUGGCUUUCCAAAAAGGUAUGCAUGCAACAGGGGUGAGGGUGUGUACAUUUGACUUUUUGCGUUUUUAAUAUAUGGUAAACAUCCUUAAUUUAAAAAAAUAUAUCACAUACACAUAUCAACAUUUUUUUUUAAAAAUGGGAAAGAAAUACAAAAGUACUCCUCUCUGUAUUCUGUAUCAUUAUUUUGUUGGCAAUCAUUCAUGUUUGAUAUGAAUUUUAAAUGUUUUUAGUCCGAUUUGAAAAAAAAGAGUUCAAGUUCAAAUGUCUUGCACUCAUUACUCUGUUUACUCUUUAUGAGCAUUAGUAACAAAUAGAAAGAUAGACAACUCCGCUUAUUAUGUGAAACUAUUUUGAAACAAGCACAUUAGCUCCCAUUAAAACUUCAUGUACUAUAAAAAAAGAUAAGCAAAUGAUUUAAUUAUUAAUAUUGAUUGAAAUUAUUUAUCAUGUGUUGGGGUGCCAGCAUAUGGACUGGAUUUAAAUUUUCAUUUGUUGAGCCAGUGCUAAGAACUUCAACACAUGAACUGCUGAAUUUUUUUAAAAGCAUCUUUUUGUCAUCAAUAAUAUAACUGAACAAGAGAAACAACAAAAUUAUAUUUAAAAAAAUAUUAAGUAAAAUGUUACCUUUUUUAUUACUAAAUAAUCCAGGCUUUCAAAAUGUGUCUCCACUGGAAAAUUUUCCAUUGGAUGUCUUCAACAAAAUGACAGCUCUCAUGUUGACUGCUCCUUUUCAUCUCUCAAAGCUCUGUGUUGGAAAUAUGAAGCAGAAAGGUAUGUUUUAAGAGUAACUCAAUUCCAACAAAUUAACAAAUAUUUCUUUACACCACAGACAGACCUGAGUUUAUGUCUUAUUGAUAAUAUAUUUUUUUAUCUAUUCCAUUCACAUGUGACAUGAAAUAGUUUGGGCAACUAGAUUUAAGCUGAUCAGAAUUUCAUCGUUUUGUUUUUGUAAAGGUUGGGGAAGGAUUAUCAAUAUAGCUUCCGCACAUGGUCAUGUUGCCUCCCCUAACAAGACAGCCUAUGUUGCCAUCAAGCAUGGCAUUGUUGGACUAACAAAGGUGAACUAUUUUUUUGGGGCUUUUUUGAGGUUUUAAUAUUGUUUUAUAUAUUUUAAUGUCUUAUGCAGACCUGUUUACCCUCAAACUCAUAUUAUACAAUAUUGUCUAAAAAUCGUACAAUCCAGUAUCUUAAUGGUAAAUAAAUAAACAUACAGUACUGGGUAUAUAUAAUGUAGACAAUAACUACUCGCAUCAUGUGUCAAGUGGGAUCGAGUUAAGCUUUCGUAAAAAAUGGUAUCUUCUUAAAGUAGAUGAUCGAUGUUUAUAUUGCAAUCUGCUGUCACUUUUUUUUUGCAGACAUGUAUUUGCUAUAGAUAUUAACUGAUAUUUAGUGCACAGAGGGAUCACAUUAUCACAGUGUCACUUGUAAAAAUAAAGUUACUGGUGAAAUUUAAUGUGGUUCAAUCUUAAAGUCAGAUGAUAAAAGCAUAAAAUAAAAUUUAUUGAAAUAAGAAUUAAUUAACAAAUUAUGACAUUGUUUAAAAAACCUACCAAGUAACUUAAUAUUAAUAAUUUAGGAAAAGCUGGUUAAAAAAACAUCAAUAUCCAUUAAAUCUAUUUCCCGCUAAUAAUAUAUAUUAUAGUAUGAUAACUGUCACAAGUUGUAUAUGGUAAAAGGAAGAGGAGUGUUGGAACCAAACAGGGUAUUAAAAAUUUUACAGUUGUUUUGUGCGUUCUAAAAAUAGAUUGUAAUGGCUGUCUCAUAUAAAGGCUGUAUCCUAUUAAGUAUGUUGAAAUCUGAUGUUGUUGCACGGAACAGUUGAGAAUGCAUUUUCUAGUUUUCUCCGUUUCUCAAGUCGCUGUGGUUCACCGAAUGAAAUAAUUAUGUCACAAAUUACACCACACAGCACCUAAGAAAUCAAAAGUGAGGAUUGACUAAAAUGACCACUAAGGCAAAUCCACAUAUUUGAGUUUUUAAGAUUUCAUACAUAAUAUGACAUACAAAAUUUCUUUGUUUCCCUACAGGCUAUUGCUAUUGAGUCUGCUGGAACCGGUGUAACGUGCACAGCCUUGUGCCCUGGAUAUGUUGAAACACCAUGUAAUUAAUUGUUUAUUUCUUUUUAAGUGAUGAGCAAAGAAUUUUAAAAUUUCCUUUAAGUAAAUAUUGAUUUGGACUUAUUUUUAAACAAAAUACAUUUUUAACCGAAAACUUAAAGUUGAAAUAAUUUUUUUUUUGGUCAGUAUUCAUCAAACAAGCUGAAGAUAUAGCAAAAAAGCAGGGGAUUUCUUAUGAAGAAGGAAAGGUAAUUACAGUAAUUAUUAUGUGUUAUGUACAUUUAUUUUUAAUGUAAUGUUAAAACAUUUGAAAACAUAAAUUUAAUAGCAGAGGUUGUGCUCAUGUAGUAAGUCAUUUCCGAAGAUUAUUAAACACAACAAAUUAAAAGACUAUUUUUGUAACGAUGGAACAGUGUACACCAUAUGAGAAAUAUUGAAUGUUUAAACCUUUGAAAUACCUUUCCCCAAAUACAACCUAUCAAUCCCUGAACAGAAAAUAUUUUAUUAUUGUAUCGUAAUCAUAAAAUGCUAUUAUUUACAUUUUAAUUUAAACAUUUCAUUUAAUCAGACCCAGACCAAACAGAUUAUUCUCAGAAAGUCCAAUAUAUUUGUCCUUAUAUUUGAAUAUUCAUUUUUACAGAAAUAUAUUCUACGAGUGCAACCAUCAGGAGAAGCUGUCAAAAUAGAAGAGGUCAGUUGGUUUUAAAAAUUAAAGGAAAUGUGAAUAAAUUAGAAAUAAUGCAAUUUAGAACCCUUGAUAUGUUGUUAAUUAGGAGCAUAAAGUUACGAUGUGCCUCAAUAGGAAACAAAUGGAUAGACAUUUUCACUGGGUGCUGAAUCUUAUAUUUUGCACACAAAAAAAAGACAACCUUAAAAUUUAAUGAAAAUCAGGCUUUAGACAAGAUGGGUUUUUUUAAAGUUGUGACUUAUCCAUUUGAGGAGGAUGUAAGCAUGUAAGAAUGACUGCGCAGCUAAGGUUAAAUCGCGUGGAUAUAAAAUUAGUAUUUUUUUAAAAGAUGAAGUUUUUUCUGGGUUUUGUUGGAAAUGCACACUAGUCCACCCUUUAAUAGACAUAUUUAUUGAACAUCCCCCAAAACUUUAAUUUUCAAAUAAAUAUUCGGAUCCACAUCAGUAGUAACAGUAAUAUUUACCUUGACGAAUACUUGAAAAAAAAAAAAAGAUAUUCGGCAGAGGCGAUUUCGGAUUGUUCCUUUUUCCUCAACAUGCCACAGUUUAUUUAUUCAACUUUUUGGAGAAUGAAGCCAUUACAUAAUUUUAUUUCUUUGUAUUUUCGUACAGAUUUCUGAAUGUGUUGCCUUUUUGUGCUCCUCUGCUGCCAACCAGAUGACAGGAACAUCCCUCAUUGUCGAUGGAGGUUGGACAGCAAACUAGCUUAAGUUCAUUAACAGAGCUAUGAAGUUUCCAGUAUAAACAAGAGAGAGAUCAUCUGAGUUUGCAGCAAGUUUGUAGUUUACUGCUAGGGUGCAAUACAAUUAGAAAUACCAAACAAAUCAGAAUUAAAUAAAUUAUUCUUUAAGAAUUCCCUCCCCAUGUGAAAAUACCUUGAAGGACUUGACUGUCUACUGCUGAACUGUCUCAUUGUGAAACAUGUUAAAAUGUGUUGGAUAGCUAUCACGAUUGGUCUAAAAAUGUACAACUAGUGAUAAAGGGAAUAAUACAUUCUGUGAAACUGUGACAUCUUCAAUUACUCCAGUAACAAUUGGUUACUUGGUGUGAUUAAAAACUGAUACUUAAAGAUGUGCUUGACUUUAGCUUAACAGCUAGCAGCUCCACUGCAUGCCCUUUGGAAUUAAAAGGGACCAAAAGUAGUUGAAUGGCCUUGCAUUCCUAGUACCAUAGGCUUCCAGUGAUGCUAUUAUAAUAAUUAUAAUUAUAUAUUUUAAGAUGCUUUGUUGACAUACAUGGCCAUUUUUAAAAGUGUACUUUAAUGUAAGAACUUAAGAAUGAUGCAUAUAAGUAUUAUAAGAAAACUGAAAACCAACAGUAACAGUUUUAAUCCAUUUUUAAUAGUGGAGUAAAUAGCAAGUUAAGAGUGUUUUCAUAUUUUUAAAAAUGGGGGAUUUAACAUCUUUUGGGUCACCAGUCACUUUCUAUUUUAAAUUGAUUUUUUGGUGUAUUGCAAGUGCCUUUUUGCUUUUAAAGAAGUUGUGCAAGUACAAUUUUGUUCACCUUUUAUGUAAACUAUCUAUACUCAGAGAGAUAGACAAAACUAAAUAAAAUUAAUUAGCCAGCCUUUUUAUCUCUGUAGUAAUCAUUUGAGGGCUGAGAAAACAAAAAAAUAUAGAUGCUGCCCUGGAAACGUUUUUCCUUGUCUACCUCUGUUGAUGUGAAUGAUUAAACUUACCUGAAUUAGAUCAUUAUUAUAAAGAAAUGUUUAAAUCCUUUAAAUAAUUUAUUAUUUGGCCGUGAAAGCCAUAGCAAUGAUGAAUUUAAAAUCAAAAGAACAAUUUUACUAGGCCAUUUAUUGUUGGCUGUUUUAACAUUGACUGCAAUUAUUUACAAUCAUAUGAACUAUUUUACUCCAAUGUCAUGCUAGCAAUAUGUUGUUGUUGAAAUAAGCAUACUUUACACAUGUUAAUUUUGUGAAAGUAAAAGUUGACUGAACUCUUGAAUCCUCUCACUACAAUCUUUAUUAGUUUAUUUUUAGAUAUUUCAACUAUACAUUUGAUUACUAGGAUUAUCAGUAAAGGUUUGUGUGAUGUUUUUAAUAUAUAUUAGUUUGUUUCUAUUGCCUCAUGACAUGUAUUCCCGGUUUUCUUUGAUUUGUUUACAGGACUGACUUUUUUUUUGUGGUUUUGAUUGAAAUGCUCAAAAAUAUAUUUUAAUUGUAGAAAUUAAAUAAUUUAUGGAAUAAAUAUGGACUUAUUUAAUUUUUGUUUUUUUACAUUUCAUUUUUAAGGUUCUCGAACUAACUUUGGCUUUCGUUAAAUCAAGCAAUUGGACAAAACUGUUAUUUUUAAAAAUUCCUCUAAUGUAGUUAUAAUUCAAUUAAUUGCUUUUUGAUGCCGCAUAAAAUCUCUGUACAACAUAUGCCACUAUAUAUCCACUUUCCUCUCCCUUUUUAAAACCCAUAGCUCAUCUUGCUAACAAAAACACAAUUGACAGUACAUGCUCAGAAACAAAAUCAACUUAUAGAGGGAAAAAGUUAUUAUAUG